AUGUGUGCUGGGACUUCUUCAUAUGUGUGAAGAAGAUUUAUUCUAAAAUAUUUCAUUACAAUAUGUUAAUCGAUACGACUUCCGAUAAAUUAUUCAAAACAUUGCUUAAAACAGCCGGCAAGCCAACCCCGAUCUCUCGCUCUCUCUCUCAGCAUUGCAAAGAUAGAGACCGAUCGGAAGCGAAAGAAAACCUCGAUCCCGUCGGUAGAUCGGAGGUUAGACAGGUGUAAACACAAGGAGAAGAGGAGAAUGUCGGCUUCGACGACGACGGCCAAUCAGGUUAGGGCAUCGCACAUACUGAUCAAGCACCAAGGGUCUCGAAGGAAGGCCUCGUGGAAGGAUCCAGAGGGGCAGGUUAUCAUGAAUACCACUAGGGAGAGCGCCGUGUCUCAGCUAAAAUCCCUUUACGAUGACAUUGUUUCCGGAAAGGCCAAGUUCGAAGACAUCGCCUCUCGCUCCUCCGAUUGCAGCUCCGCCAAGCGUGGCGGCGAUCUCGGUCCUUUUGGCCGGGGCCAGAUGCAGAAGCCUUUUGAAGAAGCAACAUAUGCUCUCAAGGUCGGUGAGAUAAGUGAUAUCGUGGAUACCGACAGUGGUGUCCACAUCAUUAAGAGAACUGGUUGAUUAUUCAUGAAGAGCAUAUUUGCGCAUAUUUAAAAACAUUAAUCAGUGUGCUGACCGAACAUAAUUGAUGUAUCUAUCUCAUUGUAUUUUGCUCCUAGUGAGAGCAACAUGGACCAUCGUAUUACUGAUGAUUUUGGUACUUGAAUGACUGGUCUGAUCAAUGUGCUUGGGAGGAUCAUGUUGACUUGUUUCCUAUAACAUUUACUUUAUCCAGUUUGUAAUAGUGGAUUGUGAUGGUUGGGUGGUUGGGUGUCAACAACAAAAGCUCUUGAUUGUGAUGAUGUGAAUUUAUGUGAAUUUGGUUACGAACUUAUAGAAUUAAACAAAUAUAGUAAGAGAA